AUGGCGGGCCCGAGCGUCGGGGCCCGGCGGCCGCUGCUGCCGCUGCUUCUGCGCCCCUGCCCAUCGCCGCCGUCGCGCAGCAGCCCGGGGCCGCCGCGCAGGACCGGGGGCUCGGCGGCGGCGGCGGCGGGGCCGGCGCGGCUGAAGGGACCGGAGGAGCUACCGGGGCCGGGGCUGCUCCGGACUUUCGUCUGGCUCUUCUUGCGCGGCUACCUGCUGCACACACACCGGCUCCAGCUGAUGUCCCGGCGCAUUUACGGCCCCAUCUGGAAGUCGACCUUUGGGCAUUACGAGAACAUCAACAUUGGGAGUCCAGUGGUGCUGGAGCAGCUGCUACGGCAGGAGGGCAAGUACCCCAUGCGGAGUGACAUGGCCCUGUGGAAGGAGCACCGGGACACCCGGCGCCUGCCCUACGGACCCUUCACCGAGGAAGGGGAGCGCUGGUACCGCCUGCGCCAGGUCCUCAACAAGCGGCUGCUGAAGCCCUCGGAGGCGGUGCUGUACGCGGAUGCCAUCGGGGAGGUGGUGUCGGACCUGAUGGUGCGGCUGCGGGACGAGCGGAGCCGCAGCCCCUCAGGGGUGCUGGUGGGGGACGUGGCCAACCUGCUCUACCGCUUCGCCCUGGAAGGGAUCUCCUAUAUCCUCUUUGAGACCCGCAUCGGGUGCCUGAAGCAGCAGGUCCCUGCUGAGACCCAGCGCUUCAUCGACUCCAUCAACCUCAUGUUCAAGAACUCCAUCUUCGCCACCGUCCUGCCCCGAUGGAGCCGCAAGGUGCUGCCCUUCUGGGACCGCUACCUGGACAGCUGGGACACCAUCUUCGCCUUCGGCAAGACUCUGAUUGACCGAAAGAUGGAGGAGCUGGAGGGGCAGGUGGAGCGGGGCAAGGAGGUGUCUGGCUACCUGAGCUACCUGCUGGCCAGCGGCAGGCUCAGCCUGGACGAGGUCUAUGGCAGUGUGGCCGAGCUGCUGCUGGCCGGCGUGGACACGACCUCCAACACGCUGUCCUGGGCCCUGUACCACCUCUCCCGGGACCCAGGCAUCCAGGAGACCCUGUACCAGGAGCUGAAAGCCGUCGUGCCCGCUGACCGGUUUCCUGGUGCUGAGGAUAUCCCCAAGAUGCCAAUGCUUCGGGCCAUUAUCAAGGAGACGCUGAGGGUCUACCCCGUGGUGCCCACCAACGCCAGGGUCUUCUAUGAGAAGGACAUUGUCAUCGGAGACUACCUCUUCCCCAAGAACACCCUCUUUGUCCUGGCACAUUACGCGAUGUCCCACGACGAGACCUACUUCCCCGAGCCCGAGCGGUUCCUGCCCCAGCGCUGGCUCCGGGGCCAUGGCUCCCCCCACCACCCCUUCAGCUCCAUCCCCUUCGGCUACGGGGUCCGUGCCUGCGUCGGCCGCCGCAUUGCUGAGCUGGAGAUGCACCUGGCCCUCGCCAGGAUCAUCCAGGCGUUCGAGGUGCGGCCGGACCCCCGCGGCGUGGAGGUGACGUCCGUGUCCCGCAUCGUCCUGGUGGCUGAUAAGCCCAUCAACCUGGAGUUCAUCGCUCGCCCAGGGGCCCCCUGACUGCACGCUGACCCCCCCACCCUGGGUGCCAAGUGGGGACCCCUGCUGCCCCACGAGGAGGGGCAGUAAGGCAAACCCACUGCAGCACCCACCCCCUGCCCAACCUGGGCCAGGGGGCUCCCAGCCCCACUGUGGGGAAGGUACGGGGGGAUGAGAGAUGCCUCCAAAUCGCUCCUGGGGCACUAGUGUCCCCCCACCGCAAAUCAGCAGGAGGCUUGGGGAACUGCUGUGCCUUUUACACACUGCGAGGGGUUGUGUCCCCCCCAUCCCCUGCCC